AUGAGAGAUAGAGUACAAAUUUCCCAACUUUGAGCUCAGCCCUGUUUGGGGGCGUUUCUGUGAAAUAAUGCUGGGUCUUCUGGCUAGGACGAUGGCUGGGCCAGCCAUGAGGAAGCCGUCGGCUCUGGUGAAGCCGGUGUCGGUGACGAAGAUCGUAGGCCGGUACCUGGUGCACCAGGAGGGCCUGCCCAAGCUGCCGGUGCCACCCCUCAGGCAGACGUGCGAGCGCUACCUGGCAGUGCUGGAGCCAAUCAUCAGCGAGGAGGAGCUGAGCCACACCCGCGAGCUGAUGGAUGAGUUCCUGCGGCCCGGGGGAGUCGGGGAGAGGCUGCAGAAGAGUCUGGAGCGCAGGGCCCGCAAGAUGGAUAACUGGCUCUCUGAUUGGUGGAUGCAGACCGCCUACCUGGAGUUCCGGAUGCCUGUGGUGGUCUACUCCAGCCCAGGGGUGGUCCUGCCCCGCCUGGAGUUUCAUGACCGGCAAGGACAGAUGAGGUUUGCUGCCAAACUGAUCGCAGGCGUUUUGGAUUUCAAAAGCAUGAUUGACAAUGAGACCCUGCCUGUGGAGUACCUGGGGGGAAAGCCACUGUGUAUGAACCAGUACUAUCAGGUGCUUUCUUCCUGUCGCAUCCCGGGACUCAAGAGGGACACUGUCAUCAACCACGCCAUCGGCAAGAAACCCCCCACACACAUCACCGUGGUGCACAACUUCCAGUUCUUUACCCUGGACGUGUACAACAGCGACGGCUCCCCGCUGACCGUGGACCAGAUCUACAUGCAGCUGGAGAAGAUCUGGAACUCCUCCCUCCAGACCAACAAGGAGCCAAUCGGCAUCCUGACCUCGCAGCACCGCAACACCUGGGGGAAGGCCUACAACAACCUCAUCAAGGACAAGGUGAACAAGGAGUCGGUGCGUGCCAUCCAGAAGAGCAUCUUCACGGUGUGCCUGGACGCGCCCUUGCCGCGCGUGUCCGACGAGCUGUACCGCAGCCGUGUCGCCGCCCAGAUGCUGCACGGCGGGGGCAGUCGCUGGAACAGCGGCAACCGCUGGUUCGACAAGACGCUGCAGUUUAUAAUUGGAGAGGACGGGUCAUGUGGUCUGAUCUACGAGCACGCCCCUGCUGAAGGCCCGCCUAUUGUGGCCUUGGUGGACCAUGUGGUCGAGUACACGAAGAAGUCUGAGAUGGUGCGCUCUCCCAUGCUGCCUCUCCCCAUGCCGCAGAAACUUCGCUUCAACAUCACACCAGAGAUCAAGAAGGACAUCGAGAAGGCCAAGCAGAACAUGAACAUAAUGGUGCAUGACCUGGAUGUGAAGGUCAUUAUGUUCAGCCACUAUGGGAAGAAUGUACCCAAAUCACACAAGAUGAGUCCUGAUGCCUUCAUUCAGAUGGCCCUGCAGCUUGCCUAUUUCAGGAUGUACCACCGCUGCUGCUCCACCUAUGAGAGCGCUUCCUUGCGCAUGUUCAAGCUGGGCCGCACCGACACCAUCCGCUCCACCUCCAUCGAUUCCCUCCAGUUCGUCCAGGCCAUGGACGACCCCUCUAAACCGAACACAGAGAAGGUGGUAUUGAUGCAGAAGGCUGUGGCCGCACACAGAGCGUACACUGACAUGGCGAUCCGCGGCCAGGCCAUCGACCGGCACCUGCUGGGGCUGAAGCUGCAGGGCAUCGAGGACCUGACCUCCAUGCCCGACAUCUUCAUGGACACGGCCUACGGUGUGGCCCUGCACUACAACCUCUCCACGAGCCAGGUCCCGGCCAAGACAGACUGCGUGAUGUGCUUCGGGCCGGUGGUUCCGGACGGGUACGGCGUGUGCUACAACCCCAUGGAGGAGCACAUCAACUUCGCUGUGACGGCCUUCAACAGCUGUGCGGAGACCAACGCUAGCAAGCUGGCCCAGACUCUGGAGGAAGCCCUGCUGGACAUGAGGGACCUGCUGGAGCAGACGCCUCAGGCCAAACUGUGAGCAGGGGAGGGGUGGGCGC